CAAACGCCGCUCGCUCAUUCUUUUCCGGUGCCAGUUGUCAAACGUCGCAAAAUUUCUCCGCUGCCGUGUCCGACAAAAAUCGCCCGAUUCUGCCCUAAGAAGCCGCGGAAAUGGCCAAAAAGAAAGGCGACCAGUACGACAGCGAUGGGGCCGAGGACCAGGACUACGACGAGGAGCCCGUCUUUGAGGAUCCGGCCGGUUUCGUGGACGACGUCGGCGAUGACGAACUGCUGGGGGAUUUUUUGAAGCAGAAGCCGUGCGAAUCGGAUGGGGUGGAGAAUGUGAUUGUGGUGGACAACAUUCCGGUGGUUGGGCCGGCUCGGUUCCCGAAGUUGCAGGGAGUGUUGGAGAAGAUCUUUAAGAAUGCCGGGACGAUUGUGAAUAUUCACUACCCGAAGGACGAUGAGGAGAACACGAAGGGAUUCGCGUUUAUUGAGUUUAAGAAUCCGGAGAUGGCUGAGGAAGCGGUGAAGGCGUUCAACAAUUACCGGUUGGACAAGUCGCAUACGCUGCUGGUGAAUCUGUUUUCGGACUUCCAAAAGUACUCGGACAUUCCGAAGGAUUGGAGCCCACCGGAGUCGCAGCCGUACAAGGUGCAGAAUGAUUUGUACACGUUCUUGUCGGAGCCGGACGCGCAGGACCAGUUCUGUGUGGUUGCGGAGUCGACGCCUGGCGCCGUGCAGGUUCAGUUUUGGCACAACACGCAACCCGAACCGGUUGAGCUGUUGACGCGUGAGCGAUUCACGGAAACCUACGUCAAGUGGUCGCCGCUUGGGACGUACAUUGUGACGUUCCACAAGCAGGGAGUCGUCAUCUGGGGCGGUUCCAGCUUCACCAAGAUCAACAAGUUUGCCCACUCCAACACCCAGUACGUGGACUUUUCCCCCUGCGAACAGUAUUUGGUAACGUACGGCCCGAACGGCCAGAAGAUCAUCAUCUGGGACAUCCGCACCGGUACGGAGAAGCGAUCGUUCGUGUCGGACGGCUCCUCCAACAUGUCCAUGUUCCGCUGGUCCCACGACGAUAAGUACGUCGCACGGAUGGGCGACAACGCGAUCCACGUCUACGAAACCAACACCUUCUACCUGCUCGACAAGAAGUCCAUCAAGGUGCAGGGCAUCCGCAACUUCAGCUGGUCCCCCACGGACAACAUUAUCGCGUACUGGAUGUCCGAGGACAUUGACGCCCCUGCCCGUGUGACCCUGCUCGAGAUCCCCAAGAAGAUCGAAGUCCGCAACAAGAACCUGUUCAACGUCGCCGACUGCAAGAUCCACUGGCAAAAGUCCGGCGAUUACCUGUGCGUCAAGGUCGACCGCUACUCCAAGUCCAAGAAGGACAAAAAGGACGCCGACGUCAAGUUCCUCGGCAUGUUCUACAACUUUGAAAUCUUCCACAUGCGCGAAAAGGACAUCCCCGUGGACUCGGUCGAGGUGAAGGAAACGAUCCUCGCGUUCGCCUGGGAACCGGUCGGCUCCAAGUUCUCCAUCAUCCACGGCGAACCGUCGAACGCGAACGUCAGCUUCUACGAGGCCAAGAAGGGCCAGGAGCCGACGAUGCUCCGCAAGAUGGAGAAGAAGGUGUGCAGCCAUCUGUUCUGGUCGCCGCGCGGCCAGUUCAUCGUGCUGGCCAACCUGCAGAUGGGCUCGUUCGAGUUUGUCGACACGAACGACUUUACGAUCAUGAAGAGCGGCGACCACUACCGUGCGUCCGAGGUCGAGUGGGACCCGACCGGGCGGUACGUCGUGACGGGAACGUCCGGAAAGGUCAAGGAGGACCACGGCUACCACCUGUGGUCGUUCCAGGGCCGGAUACUGAAGCGCGUCAACCUGAAGAACUUUAUGCUGUUCCUGUGGCGGCCGCGCCCGCCCACGCUGCUGCCCGACGAGCGCCAGAAGGAGAUUCGCAAGAACCUCAAGAAGUACUACGCGCAGUUCGAGAGCAAGGACCGCGUCCGGAUGACGCGCGCCUCGAAGGAGCUGCUCGAGAAGCGGGCCAAGCUGCGCGAGCAGUUUGUCGAGUACCGCGCCAAGCGGGUCAACGACUGGGAGGAGCAAAAGUAUCGCCGCAUGCAGCUGCGAAACAAUAUGGAUACCGAUACGCUGGAGGCUGAUCCAGACAAUGUGGAGGAGGAGAUUGUUGAAAUUCUAGUACGCGAAGACACCACCCUGCUCGAGUAGUUCGUAGAAGGCAGAGCCGCUUGUUGUGUGCGUCAGUUAUCUCCAAAAAAGAUAAUUUCGCCGCUAGAACCACGAUUCAACAACUUCAACCUAAAAAGGGCGUUUCAUGAUUUAACUUGCACCAACUAAAUCUCCAGCUAGCAGCGCAGCAACUUUACCAAGCACCGAAGAAGAGGGACAGCGAGCAAGCAGUAUAUAUUAACUCGCACUCUCUCUCUGUCUCGGUCCGUUUGGUUAGAAUAAUCGCUAGAAGGAAGAAUAAAACAAAAGUGUAUUCAAAUUUACCAACAGUUUGCCCACAGCCCACACUAGAAACCCGUUUGGUGUUUGAUCUUGAGUGAAGAGAAAUUUCCAGUAGUUAGAACCCACUUGUGAUUGGCGAGCUUGAAAGUGAAAAUUGGACUCUUGCUAGUUAUACUAUCGAAUUCCGUCAGGCAAUUGUGCGUUGUAUUUUACUUUACUAACAUGAAGAACAUACUUAUCCAUCUAACAAGUAAUAAAUAUCCCUUAUUAGUGUUCUGUAAACUCAA